AUGGCCGUCCUUUUCAGAAGGUGUCUGGUUAAAGACUUUGAGCUCCGGCCAACUGUUCAGGAUCUUCUCCAGCAUGGCUUCAUCAAACAGGUCACAGGUCAAGAAGAAACUUUACAGAAACAACUGACCGAUCUUAUUGAACUCAACCAACAGAUAGGAGUUAUUGAGAAAACCAGCCCUCAAGGAAAGACUGAGAGGAGAGUCAGUGAUGACAGACACACAAGAAUCCACACUAAAAAAGGCAACAUCAUGAAGUCCCAGAGUGACGAACUUGAUGACAUGGAGGAUCUGGCAACCUUGGAAGUGCUCGAUGAAGACACAGUGACGGAACAACUGCAGAAGCGCUACGCUAACGAGCAGAUCUACACGUAUGUGGGAGACAUCCUUAUCGCUGUCAACCCCUUCCACGAGAUUGAUCUGUACACUCCUGAGCAUGCAAAGAUGUACAUCGGGGUGAAGCGCACAGUAAAUCCACCCCACAUAUACGCCGUUGCUGACAUCGCCUACCAGUCCAUGGUGUCGUACAACUCCGAUCAGUGUAUUGUCAUAAGUGGGGAAAGCGGUGCGGGAAAGACAGAGAGCGCUCACCUCCUGGUCCAGCAGCUCACCGUCCUCGGCAAGGCAAACAACCGAACCCUCCAAGAAAAGAUUCUUCUCGUGAACAACCUCGUAGAAGCAUUCGGAAACGCCUGCACAGUCAUCAACGAUAACUCCAGCCGCUUUGGGAAAUAUCUGGAGAUGAAAUUCACGUGUGGAGGAACGGUGGUGGCAGCUCAGAUCUUCGAAUACCUGCUGGAGAAAUCCCGUGUCAUUCACCAGGCAGUCGGGGAGCGUAACUUCCACAUUUUCUACUACAUCUACGCUGGCCUGGCCGAGAGAAAGAAGCUCGCUCACUACAAGCUUUCUGACAGUAAAAUUCCAAAGUACCUUCAGAAUGAAAAUGUCAAGCUUGUGCCAGACAUCGUGGGAAACGCCUCGUACAAGGAUCAAUUCGAAGCAGUGGAGCAGUGUUUCAAAGUAAUCGGCUUCACCCUUGAGGAAUUAGGAAGUGUGUACAGCAUUGUUGCAGCCAUCCUAAUCACCGGAGACAUCGAGUUUGCUUCAGUGGCUACAGAGCACCAAACUGACAAGAGCAACAUUGAAAACGCGGCUGUGUUAGAGAGCGCUGCUUCUUUGCUGUGUAUACGCCCGGAUGAGCUGAGAGAGGCUCUCACUUCACACUGUGUGGUGGCUCGGGGUGAGACCAUCGUCCGGCCCAACACUGUUGAGAAAGCCACGGAGGUGCGGGACGCCAUGAGCAAAGCUCUGUACGGGCGCCUCUUCAGCUGGAUCGUCAAUCGCAUCAACACCCUGCUGAGACAUGAAAACCAGAGCAGUGCGGAAGACGAGGAGCAAAACAUCGGCAUCCUGGACAUCUUCGGCUUUGAAAACUUCAAGCGCAACUCUUUCGAGCAGCUCUGCAUCAACAUCGCCAACGAGCAGAUUCAGUUCUACUUCAAUCAGCACAUAUUCGCCUGGGAGCAGGACGAGUACCUGAACGAGGAUGUGGACGUGCGAGUGAUUGAGUAUGAGGACAACCGGCCCCUGCUGGACCUUUUCCUGCAGAAGCCCAUGGGUCUGCUGUCACUGCUGGAUGAGGAGAGCAGAUUCCCCCAGGCUACUGAUCAGACCCUCGUUGAAAAAUUCGAGGACAACUUAAAAUCUAAAAACUUCUGGAGACCAAUGCGAGUUGAUCUUGGCUUUGGGAUCAACCACUAUGCUGGGAAGGUGAUCUAUGAUGCCUCUGGGUUUCUGUCUAAGAACCGAGACACUCUUCCUGCUGACAUCAUCCUGUUGCUGAGGUCUUCAGAGAAUGAGCUGAUUUCCAGACUAGUCACUAAUCCGCUCACUAAAACAGGUAAUCUAGCUCACACCAAAGGAAAGGGGACGGGUUCGGGGAAAUUCGGGUCUCGUCAGCCCUCUCCUCAGCGCUCUGUAAACAUUGUCAAGAUGGAAGUGCUGAUGUUGUACAAACUUCUGUCAGUUAGUGAGGGGGAGAAUGGAGCGGAAAGCAUACAUCAUCCUCGAGAGACCACCAACAUGAGGACUCAAACCGUGGCUUCCUAUUUCAGAUAUUCACUGAUGGACCUGCUUUCGAAGAUGGUGGCCGGACAGCCUCACUUUGUCCGCUGUAUCAAACCCAACAACGAGCGCCAAGCUCAUACGUUCGACAAGGAGAAGGUGCUGAUUCAGUUGCGCUACACGGGCAUUCUGGAGACGGCCAAGAUCCGCAGACAGGGCUACUCUCAUCGCAUCCUUUUCGCCAACUUCAUCCAGAGAUACUACAUGCUGGCUUUCCGUGUGGAUGAGGAGCCAGCUGUCAGUCCUGAGACGUGUACUGCUAUUCUGGAGAAAACCAAGCUGGAAAACUGGGCUCUAGGCAAAACAAAGGUCUUUCUAAAGUAUUAUCAUGUGGAGCACUUAAACCUGUUGGUCAAAAGAACCAUGGACCGGAUCGUGCUGGUGCAGGCGUACGUACGGUGCUGGCUGGCGGUCCGAAACUACCGAAAAACCAUUGGAAAGAGAACUGAGAGUGCUGUAGUCCUGCAAUCAGCAUUCAGAGGACACAUGGUGAGAAAACACAUGGCUGAUGAUAAAACCAAAGCCAAACAGGACGGUGUCAUUGUUCAACUUCAAGCAGUAUGCCGAGGAUAUCUGGCAAGGAAGAAAUACAAGGAGUUAGUGGAGGAGAAGAACAAAGCUGCUACCAAGAUCCAGGCACACUAUAGAGGACACAAAGAGAGGAAGAGCUUCCAAAGGAAAAAAGAAGCCAUGCAAAAAGAAAAAGAACAGCCUACAGAAGAGGUCAAAGAGGAUGGUGCGGUCGAAGAGGACAAGUCGGCUGAAGAUGCGGCCCAGGAGGAAGGAGCAAAAGAGGCUGAGAAUAGUGAAGGGUCUACACCAAAUGAGGCUCCAGUGGAGGAAGUACCCAAUGAGCAUGUGGAAGAAGAGAAUCCAGCGGAGACUGGAGACGUGACAGAAGAACAGCAGAACACCUCACAGAAUGAGGAUCAAGCAGCAGAAGAGAGAACAGCAGAGGAGUCCAGCGCCCCUCAAGAAGAACCUGAGAUGGAGAAAGAACCAUCAGAACCUGUAUCUGAGGAACAGAAUGGAGGAGGAGAACAAGAAGGAACAGAAGAGGUCAAGGAUGCAGAGUCGAAGCAAACUGAUGAAGAGCAAGAACAGAAGAGUGAUGAUUUUGAAAGCUUCUCCAAACAUAUAAGUAGCGUCUCUCAGGACUUCCUGACGCUGCAACAGAAGCUGAAUCAGAUCAUAAUGGCUCAUCAGGUCAACCCUUCCAACAACGGCAUGUUUACAAGAGGACAGGUCACGAACGGUCCUCAGAAUCAGCAGCUCUCAGCCCAGGACGCACCCUCGGACGCACCCUCGGACCCACCAGCUGGUCCACAGCAGACACGGAUAUCUCGCCGAAGCACCAAACCAAAGACCCUGAGCACUCCUGAAGACUCAGCAUACUACAACGCCAUCCAUCGAUCCAUCCAGGAUGACAAGAAGAGGUCGAGGAAGCAGAGCCCUAAGAAGCUGUUAGACGCUGAUGAUGAGUAUUACCAGAGUCUGAACAGCAAUAAACCCACAGCCGAGAAGUCCGAAGAUGCAGAGGGUCCGGAGUCUGACGAAUCUAAAGCUCCAAACCAGUUCAUGCAAUCGCUUCCCAGAAUGCUGCCUAUGGAAAACGAGGACAACCCUUACGACUACAGGAAGCUGCUGAGGAAGACCUCACAGAGAGGAAGGCUUAUCGAACAGACCUAGACUCUGGAUUGUCUUCUGGGACUUGAUAAACAUUUUGUAAAUAUGUACAGAUGUUUGUAAGGCUUGUCCAGCCAUGCUUCCUUUAUAUAUGUAUAUAUGUUAUAUAAUUGUUUUUUUUUUCCCCGACAUAUGUUUAUCACGGGAAUACUUCAGAAAAUAAAGAAAUGAACACUGAUGGGAAUUCAGUAGCAUGAACUUUUUGCUCUAGUUUUGUGCUCUAGCAUCCACAUGUACAGUAAAUAACUAACACAGUUUACAGUCUAAAUGUAAAGCAGGUUCUGUGGCUUCUUCACUGACUGGUGGUUAAAUCAUCCUGCACUGUGUGAAUGCACUUUACUGGUUUCUUUUAUGUUUUGUGCACGUUUAUGUUUUUUUUCUCAUAUUUCUGGUGUUUCAAGUGCACAGCUCCAGUGCCAUUAUUUAUGAACCAGGCAUAGGUUUUGCUAUAUUUAAGCCGUUGCUAUGCCAAAGUGGGAGACAUCAUGGAGAGCCUUCUUAGCUGAGACAGCGAUCAGAGUGAAGUCGGAUAAAGUUCACUCAGCGGAAAAGCAGAUCCACUGAAGGGGAAAGGACGCGAGAUGUAAAACACAUGCUUUGGCUUUAAGUUUGUCUGUGUGAACUUUGACCUGUGAAUUCACCAAAAACUUACUUCUGACACAUUAGAAAGCAACUGGAUGGGCCUGUGCCUUUUUAUUUAUUUAUUUGUGACUGGUUUAAAAAAAAAAAAGGGGUGCCUGCCCAUGAUUGAACACCGGAUUCAGUAAACUGUGCCUGUCUUUGUUUGAUGGAAUGUCUGAAGAAAGAAAGAACAAUACUUGAAAACAUCACAUCACCAGGACUGCCUCAUUUUGAAUCGCCAGCGAGGAAUGAUAUCUUGAAAUCCGUUCACUCUAUGCAAA